UCCAGACUAAUUUACCGGAAAUGUCUGUCUCACUUCCUAUUUCAACUUCGAGACGCUGUUAAUAGCCUACACUUUAUGUAACGAAAGUCAUUUCAUCCUGAUAAUCUUGAGUCUUUGCUUUGAGCUCAAACUGUUGGGGGAAGAUAGAACAAGAAGAAUGUCAAAUAUAAGAGUCACAUCAAAAAAUGUGAAACAGGCCUAUGUGGUGAGCGCCAAAUCGUCCAAUGUUGAUGCUAAAACAGAUUUUUACGAGCCUUCAUUGGCGGAUUUAAAAGCCAAAAUAAAAAAGGACUAUAGUCCUAGCAACAUUCAAACUUCCCAGACUGCAGUAAGAUCUAUCUUCAUGAACUGUGUAAUAAUUGGAAACCCUUUCCUGACGUACCGGUUUAAUGUUACAAAGGCAUUCCUCAACAAACAUAAUCUACGACUUACUGAGAUUUAUUGGAUAAAGAACAAUGAUAAAACUGUAUUGAAUGACGCUCUGGCCAGCUUUCCGAAUGACGUAGAACUAACUUCUGGCGAGGAUACAACCAACAUAGCCAUUACUGCCCAGAGCAUGAGUCUUCAGCCUAAAAGUUUUGUUCUGAUAGGAGUGAAAAGUGCGGAUGAAGAUUCUGUCGAAUUAAUCAAGACUUUCAAAAAUGCUCAGCUCAGCCUGAAGCUAGAUGAGAAGAAAGGAUCAAGGACAAAUAUACUCGCCAUUUUAUCAUUUAAAAACAGUUGGUGUGAAAUUUACUACUUUGACCCGACCUGUACUUUAUAUGCGACCUAUCUAGAUAAACCAAUAGUGACGAAGGUUCUGGAAAGAUCUAACGUCUUGUUCUCCACCGACAACAGUAUCUUCAUGAUGCCAGCAACUGUGAAAAAAUUAGCUUACUAUUCUAGUGCCAGUUUUAAGCUUUUCUGUGUCUCUUUAUACAAUGCCCAAAUCCUUGCACAGAUCAAGAAUGAUCUCAAAACUAUUUUGGCUUUUACGGAUGUUUUGUUCAUGACCAAGCAGAGUGCUCGCGCUAUGAUCAAAAUGUACGAAAUUCCAGCCAGUAAACUGCCUCAGUGUUUCCAGACGGUCAACCAACUACCUAAAAUUUUAGCUGGAUGGCUUAAGACUUUCUCCAAGAAAACAUGUCUGGUAGUUAUAUGUGAUGGCUUAAAGGAAGCCUCUCUGACCACAGAUAUCCAAAAGGAACAGACUGGCAAGUAUAGUUCAUACUAUUUUAAGAACACUCAGAUAGUCGAUAUGUAUGGAACUCACCAAGCUUUUAUUGGAGGUUUCUUGUCCAUGUUAAUUCAAGGUUACACUGUCGAGCUUUGUUUGGACUACGGCUUCUUUUGUGGCAGUAUGGUGGCAGGUCAGAUCGGGGUGAAAUUCCCUGAAAAUAAAAUUCAACGUCUGGAAGAAUGGAUUGACCUUCACCUUACAGAUUAUAAAAAAAACCGGAAAUGCGCUAGCAAUAUGGCCAUCUCUUUUUUCCACACGCCGUGGAAGUUGCAAGACAUGGAAGAGGGUGCCACUAUAUCUUCUUAAUGACAGACACCUACUGAACGACUGAGAAUAACGAUUGUCUUCUAAGAAGUAUUAUUUACUUACUAAACGAUUGUAGCGUCUUUGUUAGUAGGGAAAUAAAUGUGCUUACGACUUA